AGCGAUGCUCGGCGGGCGGAGCGGCGGCAUGCGGCGGUGUCGGGGCGCGGGGCUGGCGGCGCUGGCUGCGGUGCUGCUCGUGGCUGUGGCCAGAGCCCAGGUACAGCAGGAGCCAUUUCUGGAGACCAUCGAGGGCAGCGGCAUCAACAUCAACUGCUCACAUCCGAAAAAACAGAUCGAGGAUUUAGUCCAUUUCUACCGUCAGCUCCCGGGACGAAAACCCGAAUUCGUCGCACUCACUGCUAGAGCAUCCAAGGAUGUGCCGGACAUCGCAGGAGAGCUGAGGGUGUCAGCGGAUCGGCGUUGGAGCGCGCUGUGGCUGCGGCGGCCCCGGCGCGGGGACGCGGCCGUGUAUUACUGCGCGCUGGGCGCACGGGCAGAGGAGCCGGGGCUGCGGCCGGGCACGAACCGCCGCGGGCGGGGCCGGGCGGGGCCGGGGGCGCAGCGCCGGCCGCGGCCCGCAGGGGGCGCUGCCGCUCCGCCCGCCGGGCCCCGCGCGGCCCCGCAGCUCCUUCCUGUGCCCCGAGCCCGCCCGCACCGAGCCCGCACAGCCCGGCACGCCCGGGGCCCGCACACGCUGCCAGCCCGCCCCUGCCCGCACACACUCGCCGCGCACAGCCCGGCACAGCCUCGCUCCCGAGCCGCCCUCGGCCCGACACCCAACUGCGGAGCCCCGCACCUCUGCCAGCGCCUCUCGCCCUCCGCCUGCGCCUGCUGCUGCUCUCAGCCGCCUCGGCAAAGCGAACAGCUGCUCCUGCAGAGCGCCUGCCGCGCCCGCUGACAAACAGCAGCACUGACCGGCACACAGGGGCUGAUUCAUGGGAUGCUGUCACCUCCGUAGGUCAUGGUAUGAGAGGGGUUUGCAGCGAGGCUUUCGAGGUGACAAAGAAAUCUCCAUGUCUGUCCCUGCAGAAAUGUCGCUGUUCCAUCCUGCAAGGUGCAUAAGUGUUGGAGUCUAGAACACC